UGGGUGUAGAUGCGGAUACUGAAGUGAGAAGAUCAUUGUGCCGAAAACCAGAAGAGGAUCCGGGAAUGAACAAACUGAAGACUGAUGCGGAUGACCCUCAGCACUCGAGCAUGCAUCAGCAUACACCAGGGUCCCCUCUGCAGGCCAGGGUUCGGGGCAGUCGUGUGAGUUUCCCUGUGAUACACAUUGACAGACUGAGAGCAGCCAAAGCUCUGGUGAACAAGGCUGUAAAGGAAAAGAAGGUGUUCUCGAUUGAGGGGCCGUACCCUGUGAUUCGUGCAGCUCUCAGGGCCAGAGGCUGGGUGGAACGUCGGCUGCCUCGCCAAUGCACGCAGGCUCAUCGCCAUGGUGACCACGAUGCUGAGGUCACAGAUGAGAUCGAUAGCAGCCACGACGAAGGUAACAGAUUGGACAACCGGGGACAGGACAGAGACAAGGAGGACGACGCUGAUGACAUGUGCAAGCUCAUGUCUCGUCUAGUGAACAAUGAAAUGACGUAUUUCUACUGGACUACGAAGAGAGACGAAGUCGACUAUCUUUCUUUAAAAAAAGACCAGAUGACGAAUCACUACGCAAAAACAGGAUCCUUCACCACCAAGGUGGGAUUGUGCAUGAGUUUGAGGAAUCUGCAGUGGUUCGACUCCACGGAUCCCGACACAUUCUUUCCACGCUGCUACAGACUGGGAGCUGAAGACGAAAAGCAAGCGUUCACUGAUGACUAUAGACGUACUGCGUGCACAAGCCUGCUCCGGUAUGUUGUAGAGAGAGCUGGAGGGGGAGGGGAGAAUGACAGAACGAGUGAAAUUGAUCAAGUUAAACAGCCUCAGGGUCUGGAAACACUUAAACCACAAUCUAAGCAGAGGAUUGGAGUUGGAUUGAUCAAGACGGCACUGCGUGUGUGUCAGGAAUAUCUAAACAACUUGGAACACUGUGACAUAGACAUCUCACUGGAAACCCCGCCCACUCUCUCAGAGCAGCAGUGGACAAACUUUCUCCACAGCUACUACCUGGUCAUUCAUGAUGGUGUGAUAUUAGAGGGAUGUACGACAUUUGCAAAGCGCUGUCAGUCCAUGCUAGCCCGAAUGCAAAAGGUCUGUUCACAGCUGGAGACUGAUGGAGUCAAUAACAUCUGGAUCAUUAAACCAGGAGCUAAAUCAAGAGGAAGGGGUAUAGUGUGUAUGAACAGGCUGGAUGAGAUCCUGGGUUUAGUGGACAGCGACCCGUCUCUGACUAAAGACAGUAAGUGGGUGGUGCAGAAGUAUGUGGAGCGCCCCCUGCUGAUCCACGGCACUAAGUUCGACCUGCGGCAGUGGUUCCUGGUGACGGACUGGAACCCGCUCACCGUAUGGUUCUACCAGGAGUGUUAUCUGCGGUUCUCCACACAGCUCUACUCCACACACAGACUGGACAGUUCUGUCCACCUCUGCAACAACUCCAUUCAGAAAUAUUUCCAACCGAGUGCAGGUCGUGACCCAUCGCUGCCUACAGAGAGCAUGUGGUCGUCUGAUGAGUUCCGCUCUUGGCUCUCGACUUCAGGACGGGGUGGCCUGUGGGAGGAGGUAGUGCUUCCAGGCAUGAGAAGAGCCGUGAUCCAGACGCUGUUAACGGCGCAGGACAGUGUGGAGCCACGCAAGGCCAGCUUUGAGCUCUACGGGGCAGACUUUCUCCUGGGGUGUGACCUCAAACCCUGGCUGCUGGAGGUGAAUGUUAGCCCAACCAUGUCCUGCUCCACGGCCGUCACUGCCCGACUCUGCCCUGCCGUGCAGGAGGACACGCUGCGCGUGGUGUUGGAUCGUGGCUAUGGCCGCAACCCAGACACCGGAGGCUUUCAGCUUAUAUACAAGCAGGCAUUAGUGGAGGUUCCUCCAUAUUUAGGUGUCCGCCUUCUAGUAGAAGGAGCUCAUAUCAGACGUCCGCGUUCCUCCCGAGCUAAAGCAUUAAUCAGGUAUCAUUACAAAUCUAUACACAAAUCCAGACGUGUUCCCCAAACUCACACUCGUCCUUCAAGCAAGGAGAACCAGCAUGAGGAGGCGCAACGGAUCCGGCCACCUGUCUCGACACGGAAGCUCACAGUAGAAAGAGGUUUAACUUUACAGCCUCUGCUGGAGAAAAGACUCCUGAGGCCGGUGUUACCCUCAUCCUCAGGUCUUCCUCUGAAACCUUCUGACAGUCAUCACCUUCAUACCUCACACAUACACGCACAUCGUGUACGCAUAGAGCCGACACACACACAUACUUACACUCACACUCAUAGGACCCAAAGACACCUGCUCUCUCUGAACCGACUGGAACCUUCGCUUGAGAUUAUCAAUCUACAACCUGGAGUCUCCUACAAGCACUUUUACCACCAGAAAACACACACAAACACACACAGUCCUCUCACACACACCAACCAGGUGUUUUACCCUCCAGGUGUUAUACGCCUCCACGAGUACGUUUCACUGCUCCAGCGGCAAAACUCUGAGACUUACAGAAACAAGGGACUCACAACUCUGAGAAAGCACACAAGCCAAACAGAUUAAUAAAAAUUUGAUUCAAAUAUAAAGCAGUAGUAAUAAAUUAAUCAUCACUGAACUCAACAGAAUGAAAAUAUAUUACAUGGUACAUGUUUUUGAUACUGUGACUGAUUUUAAUUCAGUGUUCAUAAAUUAAUUUGUUUUAAAUGAGGUUUAACCCCGAUCAGCCAGAACAUUAAAACCACUGACAAGUGAAGUUAAGAACAUUGAUGAUCAUGUUUCACCUGUCAAAAAGUAGAAAAUAUGUGUAAGGUGUGUGUGAAGACCAAGAGACUCUGUUACUCUGUUAAUCUGCACAACAAUGUGAUGACUAGAUGAUGUCUUUUAAUUUUCUAUUAUCUUUCCUACAGAAAGGUCUGUAUUUCUGCCCAUUGAUUUGUGAUAAUUCAUCUUUCAUUCAUUCAUUCUACCGCUAAUCUUCUACCGCUUAUCCGAACUACCUCGGGUCACGGGGAGCCUGUGCCUAUCUCAGGCGUCAUCGGGCAUCAAGGCAGGAUACACCCUGGACGGAGUGCCAACCCAUCGCAGGGCACACACACAUUCUCAUUCACUCAUGCAAUCACACACUACGGACAAUUUUCCAGAGAUGCCAGUCAACCUACCAUGCAUGUCUUUGGACCGGGGGAGGAAACCGGAGUACCCGGAGGAAACCCCCGAGGCACGGGGAGAACAUGCAAACUCCACACACGCAAGGCGGAGGCGGGAAUCGAACCCCCAACCCUGGAGG